UGCACCCAUUCACAUGUUGCCGUCUCUACUGACGGUAGAGCACCGCUAUGGAUUCCUGCUUGAAAAGUAGAAUCGGGGAGGUGUUACUGCCGGGGGACGUGUUCUCGUUCGAGGCGGCGGAGGUUAUUUCUUUAUCCGAAACUGUGAAAAGCGAGAAAGUGAUCUGCGGUCCGGGACUACGGUGGAAUGGAGGCGACAUCCUGGCCUAUAAAUGUGGGAUUCUCCGGCACAAGGCACCGAGUAUGUACUGGAUCGACUCCCAGCAGAGACGGUACGUUCCAACCAAAGGAGAAAGUGUGAUUGGCAUCGUAACGGUGAAAUCCGGGGACGUCUUCAAAGUGGACGUGGGCGGGAGUGAACAGGCAACGCUUUCCUACUUGGCGUUCGAGGGCUCCACGAAGAGGAACAGACCCAACGUACAGGUGGGAGACCUGGUCUACUGUCAGUUCACCAUAGCCAACAAGGACAUGGAGCCGGAGGUGGUCUGUAUGGACAGCUUGGGACGUGCUAAUGGCAUGGGGGUUUUUGGAGCAGAAGGACUUCUCUUCAAGGUCUCCCUGGGACUGGUGCGCAGGCUGUUGGCCCCUGAGAGUGACAUUAUGAAGGACGUGGAGAAGCUGUUUCCUUGUGAGCUGGUCGUGGGGAUGAACGGCCGCGUGUGGGUCAAAGCCAGCAGCAUCCAGCGGACCCUCAUCAUCGCCAACCUGCUGGAGAGCUGCGAGAACAUGACCUCCCAACAGAGACAAACCCUGUUCAGGAGAGUGACAGGGGGGUCGCUAUAACACCUCCUGCAGCCUUUUGGACCAUUUCUCCUUUUUUUUUUUUUUUUUUUUUUCCUUCCUUGUUUUUGUCGAGGAAGUGCCGCGGUGCAUCGUGUGGGCUCAUCCGGAACUGUGGAUACUCCCAACAGACUUUAUAUCAUUCAGACACCGGAGGAUUUUAUUCUUUUUGUA